GCUCCGGGCUGGCUCGGGGGGGAGGGGGGACUGUGCUAGACUCUGUUAGCGCCGCAUGACGUCAUCGUGCAGCUUAAUGACGUCACAUCGCCCCCGCGACCCCCCGCGAGGCCGCUUUGCCGCACCCAAGAUGGCGCCGGCGCCACUCCCAAGAUGGCGCCCGUCACACCCUCCCCCUCCGCGCCCCCAUUUCCGGGUGUGUCCUGCGCCGCUUCCGGCGGGGCCGGGAUCACUUCCGGCCAUGGCGCCGAGCGUGGCGGAGCUGCUCCUGCAGCGGCUCGACCGGGCCGGGGCCCCCCCCGAGGGGCUCUGCAGCCUCCAGGCCGCCGCCGAGCUCGGCGUGGACCACCAGACCCUCGUGGGCGCCGUUAAGAGCCUGCAGGCGCUGGGGGAGGUGAUCGAGGCCGAGCCCCGCGCGGCCACGCGGUGGGAGCUGAGCCCGGAGGGCGAGGAGGUGCUGCGGGACGGGAGCCCCGAGGUGCGGCUGUUCCGGAGCCUCCCGGAGCAGGGGGUCACCCAGGGGGAGGCCGCGGUGGGUACCGGGGGGGGCACCG